AUGGCGUAUGCAGUUACAUCAACACCAUCAGUAGAGAAGGACACUGUCAGUAAUGGUGGAUCGGUGAAAUCAACCCAAUCGGACAAAGGUUCGAGGAUGACAGAUACGAGAGCACCGACUCCACCCACACAGGAUGACAACGUUAGUGAACAUGGAUCAGUUAGAUCCAACAGAUCAAUGAGAAGUUCCUGUAGUGUUGCGUCCAUCGAAAAAUAUCGCGAGGCUAAGGCGAGGCUCGAGAUUACUAAGCUGAGGAAAGAGCAGCUCAAGCGAAAGCAGCAACUGGCGCAACAGAAAAUGAUGUUGGAGAUGAAAUUCCAACUUCAAAAUGCGGAGGAUGAAGAGGAGCAGGCAGAAUUGGAGACACAUAUUUGGGGAGAGGAAAUGCAAGAGGAAGAUGCCACAGAAGACAGACCAGAUGUUACACAAGCAAUUGACACUAGUGUAGAAGUCACAAGCAGUACUCUGGUUGUCAACAACCAUGAUCGAGCACAGGCCGACAUGAUAGAUGAAAGUGGCAUUAUAACAUUUCCUUCAAACACAACAGAGGAGAGUGUCACACCACCUGAAGUAACCUCACAGUCCACUCCAGCAUCAAAUGAUCAUGGAAGCAUCACACAAUUGUGCCAAGCCUUGACACUCGCCAUGAACAUACCGAAGCCUGACAUUAAGUCCUUUAGCGGAGACCCAGCGGAAUAUUGGGCAUUCGUGACCAGUUUCGAGACAAACAUCGGUUCCAAAGUGACUGAUGCCCGAACAAGGCUGACUUACCUGGUGCAGUUCUGUCGAGGUAAGGCAAAGGAAAGCAUCGAAAACUGCAUCCUGAUGGAACCCACAGAUGGCUACAAAACAGCACUUAAAAUCUUGCGCGAGCAGUUCGGACAGCCACACUUAAUAAUGCAUGCUCUGCUGCGCAAGGUUACCAACCGAGGACAGAUACGACAGAACGAUGGCAACGCCCUUUGGGAUUUAGCGAGGGACAUGGAGAAGUGCCAAAUAACCUUUUCCCAGCUUGGAUACAAUGCGGACAUGAACAGCUCAGAGAACCUACUUAAGGUUCAGCGUCUCUUGCCCGUUCAUCUACAAGCAGACUGGGCCAAGAAGGCACAGGGGACCAUCGAGUGCAAACGAGAACCAAGAUUCGCACAGAUGACGGAGUUUAUUGAGACGAAGGCGAAAACUGCCAGCAAUAUGUACGGACAGAAUAUCACCAAGACUUUCAGUCCGACCAGCGCGAGUCAUUCCCCACGCACCAAACCGAAGACUUACCCGGCCAAGGUGACUGCGCUGUCAACUAGUGUAAGUGGUGACUAUCUUCAUGAAGCGAAGAAGGACAAGCAAGUCAAAUGUCUCUGCUGUUCCCAGCAACACAAAUUGGCAGAAUGCAAGACCUUCAAACAGGGGUCAUAUGACGAGCGUCGCAUUGACGUUUCGCUGUGCGACGAGGAGCUGGCUGAGCAGCUUGGGAUCAGAGGUGAAAGGUUCAACUUCUCCCUGAAUACAGUUGGAGGAACAAGCAAGUAUCACGGCAUGGAGAUAAACCUAACAGUGAAGUCCAUCCAAAAUGAUGAAGAGCUGGACCUACCGAGAGUGAGGACUGUCCAAACCUUGCCUACAUCAAGUAGCGUCUUCCCAAAUCAGAAGGAUGUGAAGAAAUGGAGACAUCUGGAUGGAAUUGAGUUCCCCCAAACUGACGGAAGGCCAGUUCAAGUCCUAAUCGGUGGAGAUGUCCCUGAAGCCUUUUGGGUGAUGGAAGAGAGGCGGGAUGGACGCAAGGAACCCUAUGGGGUUCGAUCACUCCUGGGAUGGACGCUCGUUGGUCCUACAUCACCCUCCUUCAAGCAGGGAGCAGGAAGUUUCAAUAUCAACCAUGCCAAGCUGCAAGACGACCAACUGCAACAGCAAGUGCAGAGAUUUUGGGAGGUAGAUUUUGGCGGAUCUAUCAUGGACAAUAAGCGUGGUGACUCUGUGGAGGAUCGGAGAGCGAGAUCCACCAUGGAGGAGUCUGCAAGGCUGAUAAAUGGGCACUACAAAAUCGGUCUACCAUUGCGAAGACGAAAUCCUGACUUGCCAGACAACCGGGCACUUGCUGAGACGAGGUUGGGUUCCCUUAAGAAAUGCCUGCAGAAAGAUGAUGAUUUGCGUCAGCAGUACAAGGAAACCAUUGAUGGUUAUGUCCAAAGGGGAUACGCAAGACCAGUGCCGGAAGAAGUACCAAAUGUCGAGGUGGGAAGGAAAUGGUAUUUGCCACAUCAUCCUGUAUUUCAUCCCCAAAAGCCAGGAAAGAUGAGAGUGGUAUUUGACUGCGCAGCAAGAUUCCGAGGUACAUCACUCAAUGAUAAUCUCCUACAGGGCCCAGACUUAACAAACAACCUGGUCGGUGUGCUGACUCGUUUCCGCCAUGAGACUGUUGCAUUAGUAGCAGACGUGGAGGCUAUGUUCCACCAGGUACGAGUUCCCGAGAGAGACUGCGAUGCCCUACGAUUUCUGUGGUGGCCGAGUUAUGACUUGUCCAAGGAUCCGACCGACUUCCAGAUGCUGGUUCAUUUGUUUGGGGCAACAUCCUCGCCCAGUUGUGCAGGAUUCGCUCUGAGGAAAACAGCAGAUGACUAUGGUGCUGAAUUUGGGGAGGCUGCCACCUCAGCAGUACGUGACAAUUUCUACGUCGAUGACCUUUUGGUGUCGGUGAGUUGUGCAGAAGCGGGUAUCAACCUGGCUAGACAGCUCAUUGAUCUGCUCAGCAAAGGUGGAUUUAGACUGAGGAAAUGGAUCAGCAAUAACCAGGAGGUUCUGUCUGCUAUUCCAGCAACGCCUUUCAUCCUACCUGCCAAGAUUUUGCUUCAGGAUAUCUGCAGCAAGAAGCUAGGUUGCGACGAAAGGGUUGAGGAGCGAGAAUUGUUCAGAUGGAAGCGCUGGUUGGAUGACUUGCCAAGAUUAGAGGCUCUCACCAUCCCCAGGUGUUUGAGGCCAAGGGAGCUAGAAGAUACUGCAAUCAGUCAGCUGCACUUCUUUUCAGACGCCUUCGAGCGUGGAUAUGCGACCGUGGCUUACCUACGGACAGUGGAUGGAUCAGGAAGGAUAGACUGUUCCUUCAUCAUUGGGAAGGCAAGGCUGUGUCCUAAGAGGUCGAUAUCCAUACCGAGGUUGGAGCUUACGGCAGCUGUCCUAUCAGUUCAGCUCAGCAAAAUGGUUCAGGAAGAGCUGAGAUUGCCCAUCACCGACAUUGUAUUCUGGACUGAUUCAACUUCAGUUCUGCAAUACAUAAGAAACGAGAGUAGGCGCUUCCGCACCUUUGUGGCAAAUCGGGUUGCAAGGAUCCAAGAUGCCACCGAUGAGUCACAGUGGCGAUAUGUCAACUCUGAAUCCAACCCAGCAGAUGAAGGGUCCAGGGGCUUGAGCGCUGAAAGGAUGAUCAAAGAUGGCCGCUGGUUAAAGGGGCCGCAGUUCCUGAUGAUGAAUGAGGAUCAUUGGCCAAUACCUCCAGUUGUCCUGCAGGGUACUGUACCAAACCCUGACAUAUUGCCGCUCAAUGAUGCUCUUGAGAGGGAUCCUGAACUCAAGAGGGUGGUGACGCAGACAGCCUUAGUGCAAGAGAAGCUGAAGGUUGAUGAAUUCCUGGCCAAGUACUCAUCAUGGAACCGAUUGAAGAGAGGCGUUUCUUGGCUCUUGCGUUUCGUUCAGUAUCUUCACAUCCGCUGCAAGGGAAUAGCAGAUGACUCAAGCCUUAAACAAGGAGGUUUUUCCGUAGAAGAAUGCCAGAGUGCCGAAAGGGGCAUAAUAAGGUACAUACAGCGUCAAGCAUUUCCCAAAGAGAAAGAUGCACUUCACUCGACGAAGCAGGAGACGGCCACCUGCGAAAAGAAGUCCAGGGGGCAACAACUCUAG